CGACAGCCGCUGGCGGGGGCGGGAGGGCGGAGGGAGGGCCGAGGCUCGCUGCGGAGCGCCGGCAACCCGCUUCGCCCUCUCACACACAGAGACACACACAGAGACACACAGACAGACACACAGACACACACAGACACAGACACACAGACACACACACCUCGCCCGGGCGGCGGGAGUCGUGGCCGCUCGCCCAUGGCUGACGGGAGCUUGAUCGAAGGCGACGAGCCCUCUCCGCGCCGGGAGGAGGCUCCGGAGUGGGGCUACGAGGAAGGAGUGGAGUGGGGGCUGAUCUUUCCUGACGCUAACGGGGAGUACCAGUCGCCCAUUAACUUGAACUCGAGAGAAGCCAAGUAUGACCCGUCGCUCCUGGAAGUGCGUUUGUCGCCAAACUACGUGGUGUGUCGCGACUGUGAAGUGAUCAACGAUGGGCAUUCUAUUCAGAUUGCCCUGAAGUCAAAAUCAGUAUUAAUAGGAGGGCCAUUACCUCGAGGACAUGAGUUUGAACUACAUGAUGUCCGGUUUCACUGGGGGAGAGAAAACCAGCGUGGUUCUGAACACACAGUUAAUUUCAAGGCCUUUCCCAUGGAGCUUCACUUAAUGCACUGGAACUCCACUUUGUACAGCAGCAUUGAUGAGGCAGUAGGAAAGAAGCACGGCAUAGCUAUUAUUGCUUUAUUUGUGCAGAUAGGAAAAGAGCAUGUAGGCCUGAAGGCUGUAACUGAAGUCCUCCAGGACAUCCAGUACAAGGGAAAGUCCAAAACAAUACCCUGUUUUAAUCCCAACUCUUUAUUGCCAGAUCCUCUUCUGCGUGACUACUGGGUGUAUGAGGGCUCUCUGACCAUCCCACCCUGCAGUGAAGGUGUCACCUGGAUAUUAUUUCGCUAUCCUUUGACUGUGUCCCAAGUGCAGAUAGAGGAAUUUCGUAGACUGAGGACACACGUUAAAGGGGCAGAACUUUUGGAGGGUUGUGAUGGAAUCCUGGGAGAUAACUUCAGACCAACUCAGCCACUUAGUGAUAGAGUUAUCAGGGCUGCAUUUCAGUAGCAGAAGAGGAGAAACAACAAAAAUCUUCAUGCAAAGAGGGGGAAGACAAUGCUCCCACAGUGCCCUCAGAUGAGAAAUGGAAACUUUUGAGGCUGCUGCUUCAGUUGAACCACAAAGCCUGUAUUGUUUGUCUUCAUCUAAUUCAGCUUUGACAGACAGCUGUGACACUUGCUCUGUCCGCACGGUCCAGUGAAAUUCUGGGAAUGGGGCCGUACGUUAAAAGAUGGAAACACAUUAAAUCUUCCAAUUCACACUGUUAACUAUUUUUAAAUGGUAAUUAUUAUUGCCUAUGUAGUUCCUUUGCCACAGCAUUAAAUAGUGGUCUGUGAUCCAAAUAGUACUAAUUUUAAGCUUGGUAUGAAUGUUAAUAUGUAGAAAUACUUAUUGUUGUUUUGAAUGUUGGAUUUAAUUUUAUUCUGUAUCAUCUCUUGUGCUGUCAGUAACCAUAUUUUCUGCAGAGGGGAGGUGCAAUCUACAAAGCUAAUAAAAACCAUUGUUCAAAGAGAGUGUUACACAAAUUCAGAAGUAAUUUUGGGGUACAAAGGAGCACUUCUCCCAAACCUUUCCACUUAACAUUGUUUAUCUGAUUAGAGCUGAAUGAUAUUUGCAUCUCUAGGAACCUUACUGAAAUUAAGGACAGUUUUGCAAUAAUGAAGGUUAACCAAUGUAACAAUAAACAGAAUCGUCUGGA